UACAUGUUUCGUCAAAUUGUUUGGUUUCUGUGAAAAAUGAGUUCGCUUUAUUCUGACAAACCGGAAGCACUGUUCUCCGUUUCUGUUGUCGCGGGGCUUGUGGCAGCUUGAUAGUGGUACUUGAAGCGGUUGCCAGGCUCUAUUCUCUCUGACAGCCGCAGUGAGCAGUCUCGCAUCCUCAGCAUGGCAUCUGACGAGCUGGCUAGGAAGCUGCAGUCGCGGCUGGCCGCUACGCAGGAGGCUGAGCCGAGGCCGGAGCCCGAGCAGAGCCCGGUCAGACCCAAACCGCAGGAGCCUGAGGCAGCUUGUGGCGACUCGUCCUCCGAGCUGUCCGCCAAACUGACCCGCAGGCUGGACAUAAAUGAGGGCAACGCUGCUCCUCGACCGACCCGCGUCUUCAACCCCUACACAGAGUUCAAGGAGUUCUCCCGCAAACAGAUUAAGGACAUGGAGACGAUGUUCAAACGGUAUGACACUGGUAAAGACGGCUUCAUUGACCUGAUGGAGCUGAAGCUGAUGAUGGAGAAGCUCGGAGCUCCACAGACCCACCUGGGCCUCAAGAACAUGAUCAAAGAGGUGGAUGAAGACUUUGAUGGCAAACUCAGCUUCAGAGAGUUCCUGCUGAUCUUCCGAAGGGCAGCAGCUGGAGAGCUGCAGGAGGAGAGCGGUUUGAUGGCGUUGGCCAGGUUGUCUGAGAUCAACGUCUCCACUGAGGGAGUGAUGGGGGCCAAAGACUUCUUUGAAGCCAAGAUGCAGGCUCUGUCUGUGGGCAGCAAGUUUGAGGCUGAGAUUCGAGAGGAAAAAGAAGAACGCAAAAGACAGGAAGUGGAGAAAAAACAGAGGCAAGCCGCCUUCAAGCAGCUGCAGUCAACCUUCUGCUCCUGACCCUGUACAGGAAGUAGAUAAAAAUCCUGAAGUGCACAUUCAGUGUUACUAAUUGCAGAAAUAUCUUCACACUACUCAUACUUGAACUAAUGUUAUCACUCAGAAUUUGGCACUUUAUAACAAAGAUAGAAAGAUGCAUUAAAGUAAAUACUCACGUAAAUACUUGAAAAUACUUCCAAACACAUCACAGGUGAGGUUUAUUAAUACCACAUUUUCUGGAGCUGUUCCAUAGAAACACAAGGCAAAACCACUACUUCAGACACAUAAGGAAAUAUUUGGUGAACUGUCCAAAUUCAUGGAAAUAUCAUUAGUUUAUUGUGCUUAUCUGUGGAUUUUUUCUUCAUGUGUCCCUCUGUACAGUACCGGAACUUCACCUCAAAGGAAUUUUAGCUUGUUCAGCCAAAGUGAAGCUGUAUUCAGUAUAUUCUGAUUCAAUACCUGCUGUAUAUGUUGUGUUAGAUCACUAUUCUGGGUUUACUGUAUGUUUGUGUAUUGGGUUUGUGAAGCGUUUUUAAUGUCAUGUUACCAUCAUGGUUUAUGUCAGAUAGUCUUGUUUCAUCCUCACUUUGUUAACACUAUUAAACUUGGUGUAAUUAAAUGAAGAUCUAUUCUACAGCCUGCAACAUAAUAUAAAUAGAAUAAUAGAAACUAGUAUAAAUAACAGUAUGAUAAUAGUAUAAUAUAAGUAAUUCAUCACAUAGUGUGGAGACAUUUGUUGUUGGCAAAUUAAGCCUUAUGCGAGUUUGACCACUGACUUUGACUCUUGGAUCAGUUGACUGGUCCAAGACUAAAUUGCUCAUACUCAAAUUGGUUUUCAUGAACAUCAUACAAUAUAGUCUUAGAUUGAAACAGUCUGAAAUAGCUUUUAACAAUGAUUUUAGCUACUACUGUAGGACUAACCAGAAGCUUAAAGGUACACUCCCCAUUUUUUAAUUGUGUCUGAAAUCCUGAAAUGUCCACUGAAACUCAACUGUGAACUCAAAAUCAGGAACGUUAUCUUUAGAGAUAUAGUUAAAAUAUUUCUUUCUGAAAGUGAGAAGAUUGAUACCUCCAAGAUUGUCUGUGUGUAUGGUGCUGGAGUCAUGAUGUGGUUAGCCUAGUUUAGCAUAAAGACUGGAAGCAGGGGGAAAUGGCUAGUCUAGCUCUGUCCAAAGUUCAAAAUAUAAUUACCACCACUUCUAUAUAUCACAAAUUAACACUUUGUAUCUCAUUUGUUUAAUCCAUACACAAACUGUAAAUGUAAAAACCAAGACCUGUGCACAAAACUGCAAAUUAGCUGAUGAAGCUGCACAGAGGUACCAGGUGGAUUAACUGUUAUCAAGAAAUAAUUACAUCUCAUAACUCCCUCAAAAAUCACAAACUGGCGUUUGUACUAAACAAUGACGUUUUAAUAAGUGAGCUUUAGAGAUCAAUCUCUAUGCUAAGCUUGGCUAAACAUGUCUCCAUAUGUAAUGCACAGACAUGAGACUGAAGUUGAUCAUCUCAUCUCAGUCUCUGAAGAAAAGUUUAUGUUGAACCAUUUCUCUCAAUCUAUGAGGCCAUGCUAACUCAUGAUCAACAACAACAGCCUGGAUUUAAAGCCCAUUUAAUAAAACCACACAUAAAAAUGAAAGAUGUAGGGGCAGCUUCCAUUUAAGUAUGUGUGCUUACCUGUUACACAAGAGUUUCUUAACAUUUCCUGGUGUGUAAACCUGUUUUGAGGACCCAAAUUCUCAUGACCCAGCUAUUAGACAGAUGCUAAGUUGUCAUGUGAAUCUGUGUAUGGUGUACUUUAAUAUGCUAUCUUUAAGAGCAUGCAAUGCAUGCAGAACAAAUGCAUUAUAUACAGUAGAGAUUCUGAUAUAUUUUAAAUUAGCUUAUUUUUAUGUAAAAUAGAUAACUAUUAUAAAUCUCCUACCACAUCUGCAGAGCAAGUGACUGAAGCAGAGUUCCAAACUCAAUGUUGAUUAUCGACAACACUAAAUCAAUGGUCAGCAUUGUUUGAAUAAUUUAUUUCAAAUAGACACCUUGAUGUGUCAUACACUGUGAUGUCAGAAUUUAUAUUUGGUUGUAGAGUGUAAUUAUGGUUUUUCAAAGCAUUUGCAGUGUAAGUUUGAAAAGGGUACUCCAACGACUUAGUGUUACUCUUCUAUAAAGUAGGGGAAUGUCAGAGAUGGAUCACUAUAUCCUACAUUUCCCAUCAUACAAUGCUUGAUAUCUGUCAUUAGGCCUUCCCUGCCUGGGAAAGGCCACAUCAUUAAAACUCCACAGCACCAGUUUGUGAUGCAGGCUCUCUGUUAACAUCAUCAGGGUUAUGUUCUCCAGAAGACAUACAACUGUGUUCACAGGCUGAGUAGAACUAACCAUGACUAGUAAACUGAUCUGGAGUGCUCUUUUAAUGAUCUAUUCAGUCAUCCAUGUGCAUACUUUGUACUUUUUCAAUUUCAGAUCUGCAUCUAUGACUGUAAACUUUUCUGAGAUUAAGCCUUUGUCUGAGAUUAUGUAAGAGGUAUCCCAUUUCACAGUUCUUCAAAGUUGACAUUUCAAGAUUACGUCGUAAUGGCUCAACAUGGCAGUUACAUUCUCAAGCCUCCUCUGUCUUAAUUUGGAGCACUCAGCUGAUGUGACCUUUGUGGUUUUUGGUAUCUUAAAGUCCAUUACUGAUCUGGGCUAUGGGCAGGAACUCACCAUGACACUAUUGUAAUCCUCUGUAGAUUUAAAGGUUCACCCUAUUUCCCUUCAGUCCUCUGACUUCAUGGGCUUUGUCCUUUGAAGUUCCCUUGAAAUGGGAUACAGCUGUCUCCAUUGCUAUGGCAACGCUCAGUCACAGCACACCACAAAUGUAGACAGUGUCUACAUUUGUCUACAAUGUAGACAGUGUCUACAUUUGUAGAAGUGUCUCUCACGUGUCACAUGUAGCAAUUCCUGGUAGGAGCUGUUCAUAUUUUAGUGGCAUAACAAAGCCUCAGUGCUGCACUGUCUCCUGAACACACUGAAAAUACAACAGUUAGUUUCUCCCUUCAGCUUUAGUCCAGCUGCCCACUCAGCACAGUCAUAAAAAUAAGCAAACAAAUAUGAUGUGGUCUCAGGAAUCUCUAAUAGUGGCAUAAUUAUGAAAAGCACAGUGUGAGCAGAAGAUGGUGGGUGUAUGUUAGAGGUGGCUGCUGGCUGCACACUGAACCACCCUGUCACUGAUCUUUCACUUCAGUCCACUGCAUUUGAAGUCUAAUUUAACUGUGUGGUUGGUAACAGAGGCAGCAAGAUCUCAGUGUGCAGGGAGAGUUACAUCAGUGUCUAUGCCAUGCAGCUACAUAAUUAACAUUAGCCAAGAAACAGGAUUGGGAAAAGACAC